UUUAGGUUUAUAGAGAUUUUAAUUUCAUAGUAAUGAAUGCAUUGCAUAUAUAGUACUUUUGGAAAACAAUUUCAAUAUAGGUAGCAAUUUCAUCCAUGGUUUUAUCAAAACUUUGUUGAUCAUUAUCAAGGUUCAUAUAAUUUUAUAAAGAUGAAGAUGAAACAUGGCAUGAAUAGAAUGGUUUUCUUGUUGUUGCAGUAUAUAAUGGCUUUGCAACUUUGUUUCAUUUUUGGUGCUUAUUCAGAGAAUGUCCCAACCAGAAUCUUGAGAAAAAUCCACCACCAUCACCACGGAUCGAGGAAUCCUAAACCUCCAGUCAUUCUUAAUAAUCGAAAUUCUGCUCAGGUGGUGAUUAGAAAUGGAAUUAUUUCCAUCACUUUGUCCAAACCUGGAGGAUAUGUCAAAGGAAUAUCAUAUUCUAACAUUGACAAUGUACUUGAAACUAGAUACGAAGAGAAUGACAGAGGCUACUUGGACGUUGUUUUUGGCAAAAAAUUUCAGAGAAUUCAUGGGACAAAUUUCUCAAUCAUAAGACGAAACAAGAAUAUAGUAGAGGUUUCAUUUUUAAGGACAUGGAAACCUUCUAUGAAUGCCUCAAAUGUACCUAUAAACAUUGACCAAAGGUAUAUAUUACGAAGAGGUGAUUCAGGGUUUUAUUCUUACAUGAUAUUUGAACGACCAAAAGGAUUCCUUGCUAAGAAAAUUGAUCAAAUAAGGGUCGUUUAUAAACUCAAGGAAGCCAGCUUCAACUAUAUGGCCAUUUCAGAUACUAGGCAAAGAAAAAUGCCAUCGAAGAUAGACAGAGAAGCAGGAAAAGUCUUAGCAUAUCCUGAAGCUGUUCUGUUAACAAAUCCUUCAAACCCAGAAUUCAAAGGAGAGGUGGAUGACAAAUACCAAUACUCAAGUGAAAAUCAAUACAACCAAGUUCACGGAUGGAUUACUGCAGAUUCUAAAAAGCCCGUGGGUUUUUGGAUUAUAACACCAAGCAAUGAGUUCCGCAAUGGCGGGCCGGUUAAACAAGACCUCACAUCUCAUGUUGGCCCAACUAGCCUCUCAAUGUUUGUGAGCACCCACUAUGGUGGUAAACGGUUAGCCCUAGAAUUCAAAGAAGGAGAGACAUAUAAAAAGGUUUUUGGACCUAUUUUUGUUUACUUGAAUUCUGCUCCAAGUAAUAAUCAAUUCAAAUCUCUAUGGUCAGAUGCUAAACAUAAGUUAUUGAAUGAAGUUAAGAGUUGGCCUUAUGAAUUUCUUCAUUCAAAAGAUUUUAUUCCACGCCAUCAAAGAGGAACACUACAAGCACAUUUGCAAGUUCAAGAUGGGUGGAAUAAAUCUCAAAAUGCAAACAAAGCUUAUAUUGGUCUAGCUUCGCCUGGAGUUGCAGGAUCAUGGCAGAGAGAAAGCAAGGGAUAUCAAUUUUGGACUCGAUCAGAUCAAAAUGGAAACUUUAUUAUAAAAAACAUUAUACCUGGAGUAUACAACUUGUUUGCAUGGGUUCCUGGCUUCAUUGGAGAUUACAAAUAUAAUGAUGAAAUUACAAUUAAACCAGGAUCUACCAUCAAAUUAAAUUCACUUGUGUAUAAUCCUCCAAGAAAUGGUCCUACUCUAUGGGAAAUCGGCAUUCCAGAUCGAUCUGCAGCUGAAUUUUAUGUGCCAAACCCUUAUCCUAACCUCAUCAACAAAUUAUACGCAAACAACCACGUUCAGAAAUUUAGGAAUUAUGGAUUAUGGAGUCGUUACACUGAUUUAUAUGCAAAACACGACCUUGUUUACAAAGUUGGUCUUAGUGACUAUCAAAAUGAUUGGUUUUUCGCUCAUGUUCCAAGAAUCAUAGGAAAUAAAACUUAUGAAGCAACCACGUGGAACGUUACGUUUGAACUUAGUGAUGUAUUGAAUGGAAACUACACAUUACAAAUUGCCCUAGCAAGUGCCUCUAAUGCUGAAGUACAGGUUUGGUUCAAUAACGUAAGAUCUAAACGUCCUUACUUCACAACAAAACGAAUAGGAGAUGACAACACCAUACCAAGACAUGGAAUUCAUGGAUUAUAUUGGUUGUUUAGCAUACAAGUACCUAGUGUUCAUUUUGUGAAAGGAAACAAUAUGUUACAUUUGAGACAAUCAAGAUGUGCAACACUUUUCCAAGGAGUUCUAUAUGAUUAUAUUCGCUUAGAAAAUCCUCCAACUUCCAAAUUGAUAAUGUGAUUCUUGCAGUAGGAUUAAAGGAAGAUGUAUAUUUAGAUAUAGGUUGUGUUGGUUUUGUAAAACAUCAUUGCAUUAUGCUUUGAUUGUUUGGCAUCUCUUACUUGGCACAUGGACCAAAGGUUUGGAUCUAGCAAUCUAUCAUUAUUUGUAAGGGUUGGAUGUUAAUACCUUCAUCUAAUCAAAUGAAAAUAUUCAAUGGCA